AUGUCAUCUCAAAAGAAUGAUUCAAAAGUUAGAUCUAAAUUAUCAACCAUAAUGAUGAAUAUGAAUAUAGCUAUCGGAUCUCUGAAUAUUGGAUAUGUUUUAAGCUAUUUGACGUUGUCGAUUGAUACGCUUUUUGCAAACUUGUAUUUUAAUUAAAAUAAGUUAGAUAAAUAACAGAGGAAGAGAGAACUUCAAAACUAAGCUUGCUAAAUGGUAUUCUCCCAUUAGGAUGUGUCGCUGGUGUCCUUAUUGGGUAUAUUAUUAAAUAAAAAUUGACAAAUAAAUAAUGUCUUCAAGUUGCAGAUGUUAUUGGAGUUUUUAGUCUUUUGGCUACAAUCUCUAAUUAUCAAGUCAUUGUUGCUGUUAGGUUUUUCUUAGGAAUAUCUAAUGGGAUAUCAAGCUUAAUUAUGCCUGUUUAUAUAAAAUCUUUAUGCCCUUCUUAAUAUUUUAGUCAAAUGAGUAUGCUGGUAGGUUAUGGCAUCAACACUGGUUUAGCCAUUGGAUAAUUGAUGGGAAUAGGUUACAUUAAGUAUUCAUUUAUCAUCAUUCUAAAAAUAGCUACCAUGGUCCUACUUCUAACUGGUGGAGAGUUGUCUUUUUAUUUCCUUCGAUAAUUUGCAUAGCCAGACAAUUAAUAAUCCAUUUCAUUUAUAAUUAUGAGAGCCCAGAGCAAUUAAUAAAAAGAGGAAAUUAUGAAUAAGCCAAAUAUGUAAUAAUUAUUAAAAAUAAUAAUAGGUGAUUUGCCAGAUUUAUAAAUUAGAGUAUGUCGAAGAAGAAUAUGAAAGGUACACUUAAUUAGCUUAACAGUAAUUGUUAUAAAAGUAAUAAUCAUUUUUUAAAGUUUUUGAAAAACAAAAAUUGAUUACCCUUCAAGUAGGAAUUAUUUCUGUAAAAUUCAUUCAUAACUUAGAUGCUUGUAUAAAUAUGGUGUGGGUCUUUUGCAGUAUUUUAUUAUAGUGCACAAAUAUUUAGUGAUUUAUCAGAUAAUGACAUUACUCAAAAGACAAUAUACACAAUAUGUCUUGGGUUAUCAGGCUUUCUUGCUUAAUUCUCAACUAUUUAUAUGGUUAAUAAAAUUGGGAGUAAAUACAUUUUAAGUAUUAAAAUACACAACUUUAAUAGUGAUUGGAUCUUUAAUAAUUGGCUCUUUGAAUUUAGCUGUCUCCAUAAUAUCUCAACAUGCCAGUAAAGGAACAGAAUUUGUAAUUUUCAUUUUAUUACUUUUGCUAAUAAUGACAUUUGCUGCUACUUUAGGGCCUGUGGCGUGGGUAAUUAAUCUUUUUAUCCUUAAUAGAGCAUAGUGCCUUAAAUAAAUGAUAGUGAUGGCACAUUUAUAUCUACUGAACUUAGAUGGAGCUUCUAAGCCAUCCUAAUAUUUUGUUUUCCGUUUUUGGAAAAGGGAAUCAAGAUUUUUGGUGGAUUUCUGCUAUUUGCCCUAAUAAAUUAUCUAUAUUUUAUAUAUUGCCAUUUUUGUUUAAUUGAUGGAAGGGGCAAAACCAAUGAACAAUUAGUUGCGAUGUAUCAUAACAAAUAUGGAUAUUCUGUUGUUCCUCUAGAGAAAAAAAAUACAUAAGCAAAUUUAUAAACUGAAGCACCUAAUACUUAAGUAAAACAAUUAGUAAUUGAUCUUCCAGAAAACUAGGAAGGGGAAGAAGAUCUUCCAGAAAAUUAAGAUGAUGCAGUAGAAAUAGAAUAGGAAAUAUGA